UUCACCACCAAAAUAAAAGGAUCUCCAUCUAUAUUUAGGCAAAUCCACAUAUAUCACUGAUCACUCUUUUUUUUCUCUCUUCUUUUUCAUCUUCUCUUUAGUUCAUUUAUAUUUUCCUUUGUUGGAAAUCAUCAUCAUCAUCAUCAUCAUCAUGGAUUCAUCAUCUCCUUUACACAUAGCAAUGUAUCCAUGGUUUGCCAUGGGACACCAAACAGCAUUCCUUCACCUAGCAAACAAAUUAGCAAAAAAUGGUCACAAAAUCACUUUUCUCACACCACAAAAAGCACAAUCAAAAUUAGAACCACAUAAUCACCACCCUCAAUCAAUCACCUUCAUCACCAUCACAGUUCCGCAUGUUGAAGGUCUUCCUCCCGAUGCAGAAACAACAGCUGAUGUUCCUUACCCUUUACAACCACUCAUCAUGACAGCAAUGGAUCUAACAAAACCAGACAUUGAAACUCAUCUCUCAAAUCUCAAACCUAAUAUUGUCUUCUAUGAUUUUACACAUUGGAUUCCAUCUUUAACUAAGCCUUUAGGCAUCAAAGCUGUUCAUUAUUGCUCAGCAAGUUCAGUCAUGGUUGGUUACACUCUAACACCGGCUAGAUAUUCACAAGGUGAAAAUUUAACUGAGUUUGAUCUCAUGGAACCUCCUCCCGGUUACCCUGAUUCAUCUAUCAAGCUUUAUAACCAUGAAGCUAAAGCCUUUGCAGCUAAAAGGAAAGAGUUUUAUGGUAGCAAUGUUCUUUUCUAUGAUAGACAAUCCAUUGCAUUGAAUGAAGCUGAUGCAUUGGGAUACAGAACAUGCAGAGAAAUUGAAGGACCUUUUCUUGAUUACAUACAACAACAAUUUAAUAAACCGGUUCUUACUUCAGGACCGGUUAUAUUUGAUAACAACCCAAAUUCUGUUUUGGAUGAAAAAUGGGCUAAUUGGCUUGGUGGAUACAAAGCAGAAUCAGUUGUUUAUUGUUGUUUUGGAAGUGAAUGUGUUUUAAGGCCAAAUCAAUUUCAAGAAAUAAUGCUUGGUCUUGAGUUAACCAGUAUGCCAUUUUUUGCAGCAUUGAAACCUCCUUUUGGUUUUACAACAAUUGAAGAAGCAUUACCAGAAGGAUUUUCAGAAAGGGUUGAAGGAAGAGGUGUUGUUUAUGGUGGUUGGGUUCAACAACAAUUGAUUUUGGAACACCCUUCUGUUGGGUGUUUCAUUACACAUUGCGGUUCAGGUUCUUUGUCUGAGGCAUUGGUGAAUAACUGUCAAUUGGUUUUGUUGCCAAAUGUCGGUGAUCAAAUAUUGAAUGCGAGAAUGAUGGGAAAUAAUUUGAAAGUUGGUGUGGAAGUUGAGAAAGGUGAAGAUGGAUUGUAUACUAAGGAUAGUGUUUGUAAAGUUGUGAGUAUUGUGAUGGAUGAUGAGAAUGAAAUUAGUAAAGAUGUUAAGGCUAAUCAUGCUAAGAUUAGAGAGAUGUUGCUUAAUAAAGAUCUUGAGUCAUCUUAUAUUGAUGAUUUCUGCAAGAAGCUUCGAGAGAUUGUCGAGGAAAAGAAUUAGUUGAUCUUCAUGUAGUUUAAUUUAGUCAUUUCUUUUUUUCUUUUUGGUACAAAAUUAAUUUAGUCAUUUCUAAUUUCAAUGUAUCAUGAAUUAAAUGUUACUACAUAAAGUUGUGGUUGUGUUUUUGCAACAUCUCCAAUAUGCAUGCAUGCAUCAUGAUUCAUGUAACUGUGAAUGUGUGAUUUUCUUAUUAUUAGUAGUAUUGUGUCGCGGUCACUUCAAAAGAA